AGUAAAAGCAGCGUUCAUACUCUUGGCAUUGACAUCCUGAAAAUGGCUGUUGUGAAAAAUUCAGUUGCUUUGGUCAAUCUUCUGUUGGAAAAGAACAUCGCUGUGUGGAGAGCUGGAUCAUUUCUUGUUGAAGGAAGACAAAUGAGUCUUCUUGAAUGGAGUAUUCACCUUGGUCAUGAUGAAAUUACAACAAUCCUCAAAAGGUCCGUAAAACAUCGUGAGAAGAUUCAGAUGUUGAAAACAAUGAAUUGCAAAAAGUUAGAAGAGAUUGAAACACCGAUGCAGGCUUUUGUCGCAAAGAUUCAAUUCAAAAUUGGUGCUGGUGGUUUUUCUUGUGUCUAUGUUGGUCUCAUGAAGGAUGGAAGUGAAGUUGCUGUUAAGAGAAUUUUGGUACAAAGUGAGGAUGAAACAGUUGAAAAUGAAAAGGAAAUCAUGAGUCUUAUUGGAGCAAACUCUCCAUUUAUAGUGAAAUAUCGACAUUUUCAACGUGACGAUACCUUCAUGUAUCUUAUUGUUGAUCUUUGCGAAGAAACCUUGAGGGAACUGGUUCAUGCAUGCAGUAUUGAACAUCUACAACAGGAAAGUCCACGAAUCAUUAGAGAAAUUCUAUCAGGACUUGAAUUUCUUCAUGGUAAAGGAAUAUUGCACAGAGAUCUAAAACCAUCAAACGUCCUGGUUGAUAUCGAAGGUCGCAUGAAAUUAGCAGACUUUGGAAUAAGCCGCACUGUUAAUCACGAGGAAACGACAGUUGAAACAGAUGCAAAAGGUACUCGUGGAUGGAUGCCACCGGAAGUAAUUGAAGCAAUAGUUAAAAAAGAAAAAAGUCGUUUUAAAAAGAAAUCAGAUGUCCAUGUCGCGGGUAUGAUUGCUUUUUACGUGUUAACCAAAGGUGAACAUCCUUUUGGAUCUGAAUUAGAUCGAAUGAAAAAUAUUUUAGAGGAUAAUCCUGUCAAUUUGGAGAAACUUGGUGACCACGAAGCUCGUAGGUUUGUGUCGUGGCUGAUUAGUCGCAAGAUUGAUGAUAGACCUCACGCUGACGAAGCAUUGAGGGAUUCCUUAUUUAGCAACACCACAACGAACACAGCGAACAAUUAG